AUGAGCGAACCCACCACCGAGAUCGCGCAUACUGAGCGCAUGUCACCCGUCGCGUUGAGAGCGUCCACGCCCGCUCGCCCAAAAAAGACAAAAGCCAUGGGUCACAGCCGGAGGAAGAGGCUCGUUCAAUGGCUAUUUGACAAUCAAACCAGCCUCGCGUUCCAAACCGUUGCCCCUCUGCUCCUCACACACCUCUGCGUCCCCGCGGCGCGUCCGUACACAUCCAAAUUCUUCAAGCUCUCAUACUACAACCCGACUACGGACAAGUAUGGCGCCGGCCAUGACGACCUCUGCUUCGUCGCCUUCUGCGUGGUGCUCCUCAUCGGCAUCCGCGCCGCGCUGAUGCGCCACGUCCUCGGGCCCCUGGGGCGUCAUUGGGGCAUAUCGAAGAAGAAGGACAUCGCCAGGUUCUCGGAACAGGGCUCAAUGCUGGCAUACUACAGCGUUCUCUGGCCGGUGGGAAUGUACCUCUACUGCAAGGCACCAUACUACCUCAACAUGAAGGGGCUCUGGGCCAAUUGGCCUCAAAGGGAACUCGAUGGGUUGAUGAAGGGAUACAUCAUGGUGCAGUGGGCAUACUGGGUCCAGCAGGUCAUCUCGGUGAACAUUGAGGCGCGGCGCAAGGACUAUUGGGAGAUGAUUGUGCACCACGCCAUCACCAUCGCCCUCAUCGCGGCAUGCUACGCCUAUCACCAGACCCGCGUCGGCCAUCUCAUUCUGGUCCUCAUGGACGUAAUCGAGUUAAUCUUCCCACUGGCCAAGUGUCUCAAGUACAUCGGCUUCACGACCCUCUGCGACGUCAUCUUUGGCGUCUUCCUCCUGGUCUGGGUAUGGACGCGUCACGUCUUCUACCUCAUGACCUGCUGGAGCGUCUACUACGACCUCCCCCGAUCCCUGAAACAGCCCUGCUUCCGCGGCGCUGCGGGCGCCGUCGAGGGCCCCUUUGCGCCGCCCGUAGCGGGCUGGUCCCACCUCCUCGAGCCGUUCCAGGAUCCGGCGGGGACGGUGUGCAUGACCAACGGCAUUACAAAGGGCUUUUUGACCUUUCUCCUGGCCCUCGAGGUCGUCAUCUGCGCGUGGUCAUUCUUCAUUAUCCGCGUCACGGUGCGGGUGCUCAAGGGGGCGCCCGCCGAAGACGUGAGGAGCGAUGUGGAGGUCGAUGACGAGGAGGAAGAGGAGGAGGAGGAGGAAGAGAAGAUUGAAUAUGAGGAGGUGGAGGCGAUUGAGGAGGAGGUCGGUGUAGAGUCUCUUGACUUGAAGUCUUGGGAACGUUCGACUGCCAGGAAGGAGUCUUCGAGCUCGAGGGUGAGCGCCGUCAGAACGCACAGCGGGCGGAAGGAGUUACUCAACAGAAUUGGGUGUGAGAAGCAGAUUGAUUGA